CGUUAAUGCCUCGAAGAAACCGUUGAAGACAGAAACACACUAGCCACUGCGGAGCCCUGAUGCCGCGGGGAUUCCGCCUCUUUCUCCGAUAAAACAUGGAUUUCAACGUGAGGAAACUCGCUACAGAUGCUGGGAUAUUCUUCUCACGAGCUGUUCAGUUUACAGAGGAGAAACUGGGACAGGCUGAGAAGACCGAGCUGGACGCGCACUUUGAGAAUCUGCUGUCCAGAGCUGACUGCACCAAAAACUGGACCGAGAAGAUCUACAGACAGACCGAAGUCGUGCUUCAGCCGAACCCUGGUGCUCGCAUCGAAGAGUUCCUGUAUGAAAAGCUUGACCGGAAGGUUCCCCCGCGGCCCACUAAUGGAGAGAUCUUAGGACAGUUCAUGCUGGAGGCAGCGAAGGAGUUUGGAUCAGGAACCCCGUACGGAAGCACCCUGAUCAAAGUGGGCGACUGUCAGAGGAGACUGGGCGGCGCUGAGAGAGAGUUUCUGCAGACCUCAUCCAUUAGCUUCCUCAUACCCCUACGCAACUUUCUGGAGGGCGACUGGAGGACCAUUUCUAGAGAGCGGAAGCUCCUGGAGAAUCGGCGCUUGGAUCUCGACGCCUGUAAAGCGCGAGUCAAGAAGGCCAAAGCGGCGGAGACCAAAGCUGGUGCUGUUCCAGACUUUCAAGAGACAAGGCCACGUAAUUAUGUGCUGUCUGCCAGUGCAUCUGCGCUCUGGAACGAGGAGCUUGAUAAAGCGGAGCAUGAAUUGCGUGUUGCUCAGACAGAGUUUGACAGACAGGCUGAGGUCACCAGACUCCUCCUGGAGGGCAUCAGCAGCACACACGUGAAUCAUCUGCGCUGCCUGUGUGAGUUUGUGGAAGCGCAGGCGAUGUAUUACAGCCAGUGUCACAAGUACAUGCUGGAGCUGCAGAGAGAGCUGGGCAGAAAGUGCCCCGACUCUUUGGAUGUGAAUUGCCACCCCGCCAGUAGCCCCACGGACCCGUCUGCCUUCCUGCCGCUGAACUCUCCGUCUCCGCUGGAAACAGAUGCUCUGCAGAUUGAAGAAGUUCAGCCGCCAGCCAGCGGCACACGCAAGGCCAAAGUGCUGUAUGACUACGACGCUGCUGACUCCAGUGAGCUCUCGCUGCGGGCCGAUGAGCUCAUCACCGUGUACACAGUGCCUGGAAUGGACUCUGAUUGGCUGAUUGGAGAGCGAGGAAACCAGAAGGGGAAGGUGCCUGUUACAUAUCUGGAGCUGUUGAGCUAAAGAGGCGAGACACACACACACACACACGCACACACACACACAGAAUCAUGGACACUUAUGAGAUCAACCCAUGCAUACAUCUCUUCACCGAAACUCAAACUAUUGUGUGUUUACAUGCAUGUCAGUGUGAUACUGAUUGACUGGGGCUUCAUUUUUCUGUUUGAUUUUAAUAUUUAAGAUGUUCUUUGCCAUUUUUUUUUAUUAUUUUGGAGGAGUGAUAUCACUUCUCCAAAUAUUAAUAUUAAAAUCCAUCACUUUUUAAUACAUAAACAUUAAACUCUUAUAAAUUAAUAAAUAAUGUGAUUAGUCAGGAUUAUAAUUCAUAGAACAUCCAAUUUUUUGAAAUCAUUAAAUCACACAAAUACUCACCAGUGCAAAACAAAUCUCAGAAUUAAUAAUUCAUUUACAAAUGCUUGAAACAUCCACUCGUUGUGAGCACAUGUAUGUUUGUGGCUGUUUUCUUCACUAAAAACAAUCCUGUGGUGAGUCGGAAUGACUUUCCUGCCUUCAGUAUAUACAAUAAGCAGUCUUGAUUCAGCUCGUCCUGGAAGCUGAAGACAAAUAUAAGCUCAAUAUUAAAUGUUCAAAGGUCUAAGCACUUGCAUAUUUGCACUGUUUGGCAAUUUUGUUUUCUAGCAGACCUCCGUAAGCCUGAAUUAAACAAGACCUUAACUGCAUCUCAUGCAGAUAGAUGUAAUGUAACGAGCUACAGCUAAUAAUGUCUACAAUAGCACCACUGUUAAAAAUAUUCCGUGGAGUGACCAUGUGAUAGAGAUCAGGAUAUGAAUGUUGAUCUCCAGCCUUAAAGUCUUCAUAAAACUAGUUUUUCUUGCAUGAGGAACUUGACAGUGCAAUAAUACCUGCUCAUGCUCAGAAAAUUAACAGUUGCUCUGCAGAGCAUCCAUUGCUGAGACACUGAUGCAAUGCUACAUUUCUCCAAAUCUGAUGAAGAAACAAACUCAUCUUUAUCUCAGAAGUUUUUAGCAAACUUUAAUUUUUGCCUGAAGUAUCUCUUCAGUCUCAUCUACUGAUUUAAAUGUGUUUUGCUGUUUUGUGUCCACUUGCACUUGUGAUCACUGCAGCUAUAGAGCAAUGCAUGAGUUUCAUCACCUCUCAAACUAUUCUGAAUGAUCUACUUUAUAAUAGUAAUAACAAUAAUACUAUUUAAUUUAUUUAUACAUCAUUUCUGAAACCCAAGGUUGCUCGAUGUGUGUUGAUGUAGGCCAUACUGGAUUUAUUUAUGCCAUAAUGAACUGCACUGCACAACCUGUAUUGUAUGACACCUAUUAAUACAUUUAUUAUUUAAUUAAUUUUAUACCUUUUUUAGUUUUAGAGUUAGGCUUCAUAGCUUCAUCCUUAUUUAUUUUAUUAGUGUCAAAGUGCAGCUAAACAUUAUUUGGAUGUUUUGUCCAGUGUACAGUAUUUAAUGUUUUAUUUUACUUCUGUUUUUAUUCUUUUAACUUUAUUGUAAAUCAUUAUGGAUUAUGUAGAAAUGAAUCAAUUUAAGCCAACAUGGUCAUUUCUUUUCUUCUGAGAGGAAGCUCUUGUUUAUGACGCGCUCUGCUGGUCAUUUCUUUUUCUCUUUUGCUCUUCAUUGUAUUUAAUGGUGACUCUCCAAGCCAUGUGGAGAGAAUCAAGCUUAGUAAUGUAAUAAAAGCCAUUUUAUUGCUAUA